ACAAACGCAAAUAGAGGUAAACAUCAUGCCUUAUACUUGUCUUUCUUGAUUCUCUUUUAUCUGAUAGAUAUGUCAUGGGGGACCAUUUGGUGGAUCGGCAAGACAAACUCUGGAUGACGAUUUUACAUCUAAAGAACAUAUUGAUGAUUUAAAAAAAUUGGCCUUAGCAUCAUAUUCACAAAACAUUGAUAGCGUAUUAGCUAAAAGUCGAUUAAAAUUUGAUUAUCGACUACAAUUCUUACAGUCUGGAAAGAAUGUUGCUAAUUAUUUUACAGAAUUUUCAGCAAUGAAGCUUCCAUGUGAGGUAAGCAAUUAA